AUGGUCUUCGGGUCCUCGCUUCUUUCAAGCCUUCUUGCGGCGCAAGCUGCCUAUGCGUACAACUUCCCAUACGAGAGCGUGCAGCUGACGGACUCGGAUGUGGGGAACAAUCCUGAUUUGGCUUUUGGUAAAGCGAAUCCAAGCAGCAUACCUUCUUGCAAGAGCUAUCCAGGCUACGACGGUUGGCCAUCAUCGACGCAAUGGAGUGCCUUGAACAUCAGUCUUGGAGGCACAUUGUUCAAGGGUAUUCCACCUGCUGCUGCCUGUUAUGAGGGCGAGUACAAGGAUACCGCAAAGUGUUCAAAUGUCAGGCGACGUCAAAGCGAUGCUCUCUUCGCCAAGGAAGACCCACUGGUACCGUUUGGACAGUGGACUUUACAUAACCCAUGCCCCGUACCUGCAGCCAGCGCCACGCCUCCGCUGUCUGGCUGCAAACUCGUCAGCUUUCCUGCAUUUGUCGUCAAUGCUACUACAGUCAAAGACGUGCAGCUCGCAGUCAACUUUGCCAGGAACAACAAUGUCCGGUUGACGAUCAAAAAUACCGGCCAUGACUUCCUCGGCCGAAACACCGGCGGGGGCGCACUUCAAGUUUGGGUGCAUCGCAUGAAAGCAUUCGAUUACUUACCGACUUACAAAGUUGGUCAGUACGAUGGUCAAGCAGCCCGAGUUGGAGCGGCGCUCGAACAACACGAAGUCUAUAACGCCAUGAGUGCACACGAUAUCACGCUUCUAGCUCCUGGGUCUUCUACUGUUGGAGCUUAUGGCGGUUACAUGCAAGGCGGAGGAUUUUCGUACAUCACGUCGAAGUACGGCCUCAUGGCUGAUCAGGUGCUUGCUCUAGAGGUUGUCGCUGCAGAUGGCAGGUUUGUGCAUGCAGAUCCGACGGAGAAUGCGGACCUGUUCUUCGCUAUUAGAGGUGGUGGACCCGGAAACUUCGGUAUAGUUACAUCUGCCAUCGUAAAAGCUUAUCCGCCUACGACGGUCGCACGAAGUGACUUUACAUUCCAGACCGGCCCAGUGUCCAGUAACGACAAGACCACCGUUCGCGUAUCCAAUGAAACCUUUUGGAAAGGUAUGAAGGUCUAUUUCUCGCACAACCUACGCAUCAAUGAUGCCAAAGGCAUCAUGUCAAAUUACAUCACCAAGGCCUCUAGUACCUUUACCCUCUCAAAUCAAAUCACCAAGCCGGGCAUCACCGUCGAAGAGAUGAGAAAGCUCAUGGCGCCGCUCAUCAAAGAUCUCAACGAUAUUGGCAUUCCACUAGUCAACCCCGAGCCAAAGUUUUGGAGCACAUAUGCAAAGUUCGGUACCCAGCCCGGCGGCCCAAGCGGUGGUACUAGUAACAGCCGUCUUGUGAGCCGGCUUGUUCCCCGAUCCAAUCUCGCAGACCCAACCUCCCAGACAUUCAAUACCACCAUGGCAGCAAUACGCUCAUUCGUGGAAGACGGGGGUUACAGCUUCCACUCCGUCGACUACGCACCAACAUACGAAACAGCCGGCUAUCCUGGCUCCGACUCUGCGGUCUCGCCGCACCUGCGCAACGCAGUCAUGCACAUGACCGGCUUCGAUAGUCGGCAGUACGAUGCUAGCCUCUCCGAUGAGCUCUGGAAGUCGUCGCAUGCACGCCUCAAUUCCUACGUGCAGAAGCUGAGAGAUGCGACGCCGCUUAGUGGUGCGUACAUGAAUGAGGCGGAUGUUGCGGAGCCGAACUUUCAGUAUAGUAUGUAUGGUGAUAACUACGAUAGGCUGCUGAAGAUCAAGAAGGAAAGAGAUCCUUGGGGGUUGUUCUAUGCGGUUACGGGUGUGGGUAGCGAGAGUUGGUUCGUUGAAGGGACGGGAGGACUCCCUACUCAGCAGGGACGACUAUGUAGGGUUGAUGCAUAG